AUGCAACUUUCCCGACCCAUUAAGCACCUGGCAACCGGAAUUGUCGCAGCGUGCGCGGCGUCGACGCCAUUGGGAAGCAAUAUACUCCUGCCGGCGCUGGCAGGUGCUACAAGAGACCUGCAUACCACGCCCACCAUCAUGAACCUCUCCAUCGCUUUCUACUGUCUUGCUGUGGCACUUACCCCUUUGUGGUGGUCCACGCUCAGCCAACACAAGGGCUGCCGUAACACCUUCAUCGUGUCCUUCUUCCUAUUUAUCAUUUUCAAUAUCCUCGCUGCAGUGAGCAAUUCAGCAGGGAUGUUCAUUGCCAUGCGUCUCCUCGCUGGGGCUACAUCGGCUCCGGUGCAGUCGUUGGGUGCGGCGACGGUGGCCCAGCUCUGGAGCCUUGAUGAGCGGGGUCGCGCCAUGGGCAUAUUUCUUCUGGGGUCCAUGUGCGGCACUGUGUUUGGGCCGAUUAUCGGGGGGGCCCUCACCACGCACUGGAACUGGAGGAGUACCCAGUGGUUCAUGGCCAUUUACGGCUUCAUGAUCUGGCUCACGGUGCUCCUCUUUCUACCCGAGACGUCCAGAAGACCCAACAAUAGGGAUUUCUCGGAAGGGGAAAGCCGGAACGUGCUCUCAAGACGAAUACAGGCUCUGUGGUCCACCCUGGUGGCGCCGAUUGGGCUCCUGCGCUUGCUCAGGUUCCCUCCGAUCCUCCUCACCAUCCUCUACACCAGCGUUACAUUCGCGUCAUACUACAGCGUCAUGAUCGUUAUCCAAGCGACCUUCUCGACGCCGCCUUAUUCUUUCAAUGCCAUGAUCGUGAGUCUCCUUUACCUGCCCAACGGCAUAGGGUACGGCCUUGCGGGCACCCUCGGGGGCCGCUGGAAUGACCGCGAUAUGCUUGCCUUCAACGCAUGGUCGGCCGCAAUUGUAUACCCGUUGGCAGUUCUUUGCUCCGGCUGGGCAUCUCAGGAACACGCUCCAUGGCCGGUAAUCUGUGUGGCCAACUUCUUCUUCGCGUUUGGGAAUAUGAUGGUUCUCAGCAUCACUACCGUCAUGCUAACUGAAUUCGUCCCGAGCCAGCCCAGCACUGGCAUGGCGCUCUCAAAUUUAGUGCGAAACACCUUUGGUGCGGUUGCAUGUGUUGUGGUUCAGCCAUUGAUCAAUGCCAUUGGGGUGGGGUGGCUGCUCACUAUUACGGCGGUGAUUUGCUUGGCCGGUGCCCCAUCCUUGUGGUUUCUCCAGCGGAAUGCGAAUCGAUGGAGUGCAGAGAUGAGAGAAAUUGUCUGA